UGUGCCAACUUUAAAACGAACAGUAGGUGCCAGGCACAAAUAGGACAUUGGUCGCUGUACAUCAAAACGAAGGAUCUAACACUUUUCUUGAAGUGUACUUGUAAUCCGACGUCUGCGUGUAGAAUAGUUAUUUGUUCAAAACAGUGAUAAAUCAAGUGUACAUUUCGGUUACAUUCUGUGCGAGUAUUGCAUUAUCUUGGUUUUGAAUUUCACUUACGGUAACGGAUGUGAGAUAUAUGAUAAUAGGGCGUGUAAUUAACAAAUAGCUAAAAUCAACUAUCAACAAAUCAUUCUGUUUGUGCAUUAUUCUUUUAACAAAAAAAUGUGUUAUACAAAUAAACGUUAAUAAGUAUAAGACAAGAACAUACAUCAAAGUACACUGAAGGAUGGGGACUGUAAAGGAUGUGGAAUUUAGCAAUGCAGUUAAUGGAGAAAACUCACAGGAACGAAGCCAAGGAAAUGAGCUUGUAGGUCACACAGUACAGAAGAGAAAUUGGAAGGGCAUAGUGAUCGCCCUGGUUGUUAUUAUCAUUGUGUGUGCCCUGAUCAUCACCACCGUCAUCCUCCUUACUCCAAGAAAAAGCGAUGAACCGCCGAAACCAAAGUUCACAUUCGAAGACUUCAUAAAGAAAAAAUUUGCUCCAAAAAGCUUUUCUUUCAAAUGGGUAACAGAUUCCGACGCCAUUUACUACAGAAAUGAAGACGGCGCCGUAAUACGUUACAAUUGCUCAACAAACACUUCUGCAGCAAUCAUGGACAACUCGACGUUUAAAGAACUUGAUACCUCCACGUAUAUGAUAUCUCCGGAUGAAAACUUUGCGCUGCUUGCGUAUGAUGUUCAAGCGAUUUACAGACACUCGACGCAGGCAAAAUAUAAAGUCGUUAACCUUCAGAAUAGAAAUGAGAGCUCACUUCAGGGUCCAAACGGCACUGAGUUCCAGUACGUGUCUUGGUCACCCACAUAUGACGGUUUGGUAUUCGUACAGAACAAUGACGUCUACUACCGUCGGAGCAUGAACCUUCAGGACGUGGACGCGUUCCGGGUCACUGACACAGGGGUCAUGGACCAGAUUUUCAACGGUGUCCCUGACUGGGUCUAUGAAGAGGAGAUCCUCUCUGAAGACCACGCCCUCUGGUGGUCGCCCACUGGCAGCUACUUCCUGUUUGCCUCGUUCAACGACACGCUGGUCAGGAACUAUCACCUCACCUACUACGGGUCCAUGACAGACCAAUAUGUGACGGACAAGAAACUCCUUUAUCCCAAGGCGGGUACAACCAACCCUGUGUUCUCUCUGCAUGUAUUCCACACGCAUUCGAACAAAACGAUCAACAUAGAACCGCCAGAGGCCUUAAAAAAUAUUCCUGUGUUCAUGAACUACCGAUAUCUAGCCACUUCCGGAUGGUGCGAAACCCCGUCUGCGAUCGUAUUCAAAGAAGACGGCAGCGGGUACUUCACGGUGCUGCCAAUGCGGGAGGGCGAGGCUGGUUAUUUCCGGCACGUGGCCCUGGUUGACGCCGGAAACAGUGUAAAUAUAAAAAGCGAUAACCUGGGAAAGAGGACAUUUAUAACUUCCGGUCAAUAUGACGUCAUCGAAAUAGAGAAAUAUGACCCCAAAACUGCCUUAAUAUAUUAUCUCGCAUAUAGGGCUGGCGAUCCUACAUCGAGGCACGUCUACAAGACGUCCACUCGUGAAGGAGACGUGAAUUUCUUGAAGCCCACGUGCGUCUCGUGCACGGACCCGGACACGUGCGACUGGGUCUCCGCGAGCUUCUCAACCAAGCCGGAUGGCGAGUUUUAUAUGCUCACGUGCCUCGGACCUAGCGUUCCUACCUACAUUAUGCGAUCGACGGCGACGCAAUCCGUUAUAUCAUUCGAGGACAACAAGGAGGCAGCUGAUAAGUUGUCCACGUUGGCUCUUCCAAGAACCAAGUUCCUGCGCAUUCCCCUGGAUGAUACCAACUCAAUGUGGGCGAAGCUGCUAUUGCCAGAACCUCUCAAAGAAGACGAGGUGAUACACUACAACAUGCUCACUAGUGUAUAUGGGGGCCCCGACUCUCAGAAAGUAUCCAAAGCCUUCUCCCUAGGUUGGGAAGAUUACCUGGCCAGCUCACACAACAUUGUGAUUGGCUACGCCGACCCACGUGGCUCGAGUGGGCGGGGCGACGCCUGGAGACAUGCUGACUACCGCCAUCUUGGAACCACCGAAGUGGACGAUUCUAUAGUUGCGGGAAGGUAUUUCAAUAGCCUGAAGUACAUUGGGGAUAGGACGGCAAUUUGGGGAUGGUCUUACGGGGGAUAUCUGACCGCCUCUGUGCUAGGUCGCGGCUCGGAGGUGUUCGACUGCGGCAUGUCGGUCGCCCCGGUCACGGCAUGGACGUACUAUGUAUGCAAAUGUUUCUCGGUAUGCCGAAAACUUUAAGAAGAGCAAAUUUAUGCUCGUCCAUGGAACGGGUGAUGACAAUGUACAUUUCCAGAACUCUGCGCAUCUAGCACGAGCGUUGACAGAGGCAAAUGUGUACUUCCGUUCGCAGUUUUACACCGAUCAACAACAUUCCAUUAAUGGCGGAAACUCGCGAACACAUCUCUACAACACUCUGGAGGACUUCCUGCUCAAUUGCUUCGAUGGUCGUUCUUCACGAAUGGAUGAAUUGAACAAUCCAACAGUCGCGAAACCAACAGAAAAGGAUGUCGACAACGACGAAUAAGUUCCCUGUACUAUGAUUUAGUAUGAUCGCUGACUAUUUGGUGCAUUUCGUCCAUGUCCGUGAAUAAUCAAGGGGCUAAGACAUAGUUUGGGGCUAGAUCAUGUCUUUUUAUAUUCAAAAUAAAAUAGUUAAUAUAUAUGAUAUUGUAUGUGAUAGAAACAAAUUGGCAUACAUUGUAUUAUGCAGUUUGGAUAAAUACCAAUUUGCUUCGAUAUUUAAAAUUCGUUAUUGGAUAAAAUUACAAGGACCAUAUAUAAAACGCCAAGUUAACAACUUGGUAAAUGAUGAAGACUUUUACAAUUAUUAUAUAUGGGCACACAGUAGUGUUAAAGAUUUCGCCUCACAAAACUUAGUAUAUAACUGUUAAGAUUUUUAACUUUAAAAAGUAUUUAACCAACUGUUCGAUAUUUAACAACCGUAAUUGUUUUCUGUCUCGUGUAAUACAUGUUGGUCAUUCACCAAAAACAAUACUUCCAGUUUAUUUAAUCAGAAAUAUUCCAACCAUAUAAAAACUUUCAAGUUUACAGAACUGAAAUUCGGACAUAACAUAUAGGUAUGUCUUACAAAGUUUGAACGAAAAGUUUCAAUUUAGUUAUGAUGGAAUAUCAUGGAUAAACAUAGUUUCCGCUGUUAAUCCUAAGGUUGUGAUAUUUUAAUCCAUUUUGUUAAGUGUUUAUAAGUUUUUUUUGUGUAUGAUGAUUUAUUCCGUGCAUGAUUACGUAUGAAUAAACAAUUGUUUAAUGGUU